UUAAAACCUUGGUUCCAGAUAUAAGUAGCUAGCUCAUUCACUCCCUACUACUCAGUAUAGCCGAGCUUCAACCACUCAAGUGUCAAAAAUGCUAGUUUUAUCUUAUCUACUCUUUGUAGUCCUCUUUCUUGUCAGCACAGAUGGGACACAACUUAUUCUAGUUAACAACUGCAGAAGAAGCAUAUGGCCUGGAAUUCUUGGCAAUACAGGGAAGAUGACUCCUAAAGAUGGUGGCUUUCAUAUGAGAAGUGGUGAUGAAGUAGUCUUCGACGUGCCUAAGAAGUGGGCGGGCAGGAUAUGGGCGAGGCAGAAUUGCCACUUCAAUAAGACUGGCCAAGGAUCCUGUGACACCGGAGACUGUGAUGGCCAGUUAAAAUGUCGGGGGCUAGGAGGUAAGCCCCCAGCUACUGUUGUCGAAAUGACACUAGGAACAAAGACUUCGCCCUUGCAUUUUUACGACGUGAGCUUAGUUGAUGGCUUCAACGUGCCGGUUUCAAUCAGACCUCUUGGUGGAGGAGUAGGUUGUGGCGUAGCGGAAUGUGAUGUUGAUCUGAAUAUAUGUUGUCCAUCUGCACUAGCAGUGAAGGUUGGUAGAAAAGUGGUUGGUUGCAAGAGUGCUUGCUUGGCUAUACAAUCAGCCAAGUAUUGUUGCACAGGAAAGUUUGCAGAUCCCAAAACUUGCAAACCAACUAUUUUUGCUAAUCUGUUUAAGGCCAUUUGCCCCAAGGCUUAUAGUUAUGCAUUUGACGAGUCUUCUAGCCUAAACAGAUGUAGGGCUUCAAGAUAUGUCAUUAUUUAUUGCCCUCCUAAAUAAGAGUUUUGAGAAUCUGUAUACAAGUUUCUUGUACCUUAGGAUUGGAUGGAAAUACAUGUCCAACUAGAGGCACUUUCUUGUCCCAACUUAUGUAAUUCAGUCUUAGCAGAAAGUUAAAUGAAGGCCAAUGAACAGCAGUAUUAGUACUAGUUGAGAUUCCUA